UUUGUGUGCCUUUCUAGAAUAACAAAAUCCACAACAUAACAGGCCUAUGAAGGCUCCAUCAGCUCAGUAAAACAAAGAGUGAUAUAAAGACUGACACUGACUGUCCAUAAAAUCGCAUACAUUUAUGGACGAGGCUUCAUUCCCAGUCGUUGGUGUUGUGAUUGCUGUCGUGUCCAGUUUUAUCAAUGGAUCCACGUUUGUACUACAGAAAAAGGGGAUGGUCCGUAAAUCAGGUGGGACUUACCUGGCUGACUGUGUGUGGUGUGGUACACUUGCAAUGAUUGUAGGACAAAUAGGAAAUUUUCUGGCAUACAAUGUUGCCCCCGCAGUUGUGGUCACUCCCCUUGGAGUCACAUCAAGAGCAGAACUAGAGGAGAGAUUGAUGGACCCAGUGUUCCUGGUCUACAUCUCACUGGUGGUCCUAUUACUGAUCAUACUGAUUGGCUGGCUUUCUCCAGCUCACGGAAAAUCCAACAUCAUGGUGUAUGUGGGCAUUUUUUCUCUCCUUGGGAGUUUCACUGUGCCCAGCAGCAAAGCUCUGGGACUGGCUGCUCAGGAGGCCUUCAGUGAAACACCUACAAGUGAUAGCAGAGCACUUUACCUCUUCCUGGGGUUGCUGGGAAUUCUCGUAGUCAGUAUUCUGAUCCAGUUCACCUACAUCAACAAAACCUUGGAGAGCUUCAGCUCUAAUAUGUUUGAGGCCAUUUACUAUGUGAUGUUCACCUCCUGUGUCAUCCUGGCCUCUGCGAUUCUCUUCAGGGAAUGGACAGCACUCGGCAUUAUGGACUGUUUGGGUAUCCUGUGUGGUUUCGUCACAGUAUCUGUGGGCGUUGCCUUAUUACACAUCUCUCAAAAAGCUAAACUUUCUUGGAGCCAACCCAAAGCUAAAGAGGACUAA